CGCCAAUUCUGACCGAGGGGCGCGCGGCUGUGUGGAACCAGGCAGCGAGGAGAGGAGUGGAUAUGGGGGUAACUUUUUGAGGAUGCGGGAAGAUAGCGUUUUAUAUUGAAAAAGCAAAAAUAGUGAUGAAGCAUACACAGUUAUAUCGUUAACACAGAAGUGGUAUGCUAUUGUUAUUGAAGCAUCCUCCAAAAGUCAUUGUAAAGUUAGUCGUCGCAAUUGUUUUAUUUUCGGCUGAAGGAUAUCUGAAGUGAAGGGAGAUUCGCAUGGUGGUGGUGAUGCUAGCGGCGGAAGACCCAUCCUUGGACGGGCAUUUAGCCUCUACGCCACGAAGAAGAGCCAUGGCUAGCGGUGUAAAACCCAGUAAGACUAACAAGAAGCUUGUCCAGGCUCGACUUCCAUUCAAGCGUCUGAACCCGGAGCCCAAGGAGAGCAGUGAGCCCAAAAGAACCCGAGCCCCCCUCUGCCCAGACCCAGGGGCGUCCGACGGGGAGAACGAAUCGGACCGCCCCCAGCUUUCCGUGUGUCACGGACCCGCUCUGGUCAAUGGCCGCGGACCUCUGGACGGCUUCAUGAGCCGAGAGAACCGAGCGUCCCCGGCCAAGUGCUCGGUCGUGGACCUUACCGAGGACAGCUGCGAUUCCGGUCAUCCCCCCGAGCCGCUCCCCACCACUCCCGUCUCCCGCCCCCCCACCCAGGACCACCGACGUAGGAAAGACCCGAGCGUUGGAAAGGUCCCCAGCACACCCAAGACAGACCCCUUGAAGUGUGGGAUGUCGAAAAAGAAACAAGAGGAUGAGGUGGAAGAGGAAGUAAAGAUGGACACGGCAUCUGCCUCACAGCUCGACACCACACAGGGAUCUGACAGCGAGGAAGAGGAGGACGAGGAAGAGGAGGAGCCCGUGAAGGCUGAGAUGUCCAGCCACGGAAACGAGUCCAUGCUGUCCCCUUCCUCCACCAGCUCCAUGUCUGCCGUGGAGAGCUCCCCGGACCAGGCCAACACAGAGCCUGCUUCACCUGCCACAGAUCUAAACACCACUCCCAACACUGGGCAGAAAAGUGUCCGAAGACGCUCUCACAAGAGUUUGCAGGAGCAGGAGGAGAGGGUCCGCCAGCGCGAGCAGAGGGAGCGGGAGCGGGAGGAGGCCAAAGCUGCCAAAGAGAAGAAGAAGGAGGAGGCUCGCAAACAGAGGGAGGAGCGAGAGAAGGAGAAAAGGGAAAGGAAGGAGAAGGAGGAGCGGGAAAAACUUGAGAAAAAGGAGAAGGAGGAGAAGGAAAAAGCGGAGAAAUUAAAGGCUAAAGAAGAGCAACGUAGAUCAAAACAAGAGGCCAAACUUGAAGAAAAGCGUAAGAAGGAAGAAGAGAAGAGGGUGAAAGAGGAGGAGAAACGGUUGAAGGAAGAGAAAGAUCGGAUGAAAGCGGAGAAAGCAGAAAUCACUCGAUUUCUGCAGAAACCCAAGACCCAGCUGGCCCCUAAGACGCUGGCGUCCGCCUGUGGAAAGUUCGCCCCGUUUGAGAUCAAAGAGCACAUGUGCCUGGCUCCCCUGACCCGUGUUCAGGUGGACGAGUCUGUCCUGAAGGAGCUGGACCUGUGCUUGGAGAAGCCCCAUGGAAACUCCAACAAGCUGCUGAAGGCCUGGACCAGUAAAGAGCCUGGCAGGUCAGGUCCAACCAAGCCCAGACAAGCUGAUGCGAUGAGGGAGUGCACGGCUGAGAGCCCCCGACCAGACGGGGUCCCCGACCGCCAGCGCUACGGCCACAUGAAGCUGCUUCAGUUCCGGGAGAACCACCGUCCGGCCUACUGGGGCACCUGGAGCAGGAAGAGCUCUCACAUCACCCCACGAUGCCCCCUCAGACAAGACAAGGUGCUGCUGGACUACGAGGUGGACAGUGAUGACGAAUGGGAAGAGGAGGAGCCUGGAGAGUCGCUGUCGCACAGCGAGGGGGAUGACGACGAUGAAGGAGGGGAGAACGACGACGACGAUGACGACGGCUUCUUCGUUCCCCACGGUUACCUGUCGGACGGGGAGGGGGCGCUGGUGGAGGAAGAGGAGGGUGGAGGCGACCUGGAGAAGCAGAAGGUGCGGCAGAGGCUGAAGGCCCGCGAGUGGGACGAGCUGAUGGCUAAGAAGAGGGUGCGGGUGCUGGAGGCGGUGGUAAGGGGCUGCGUGUGGGAGGGGGACGGAGCCCCCCUGGAGCUCUUCCAGCCCUUAGCCGUGUGCCUGCUGGAGCCCCUGCCCCGGGCCGAGGCCAGCACCCCGGAGGACCCCGCCAGGAAGCACCAGCGCGACGAGCAGCUGCUGUCCCAGCUGCUGCCCCUGCUCCACGGCAACAUCAACAGCAGCAAGGUGAUCAUCACAGAGUUCCAGGAGUUGUGCCGCCAGCAGGCUCCCUCUCCCAUGCUGUCCAGCCCUCCCAGUGACGCCGACAUCCCCACCAGGAUCCGUCUGAAGCGUCUGAUCAAGGCCAACGCCGUGUACGAGAAGCGCUCCUCCUACAGGCCCUGCUGGUACGUCCACACCGACGUCCUGGCCCGCUUCCAGCAGGAGGCCCUGCCCGUGCCCUGCCAGUGGAGCUACCUGACCUGCGGAGCCCAGACGCCCAGGGAAGAGGCCUCGGGGGUGGCCACAGGCUCCCAGGGCAGCUCCCCUACCACCCCGCAGGCCUCCUCCACCACCACCACCCCCACCUCCUCCAACAAGAGGAAGAGCGCAGGAUGCGUGUCCAUCACCAAGUUCAUGAAGAAGUGUGGUGACCCUGAGCAGACUGAAGUGAUGGAGACAGACGGCUUUCAGGCGGACACAGAGGACGAUGACGAAGACCCAGACUGCGUCAUCGUCUCCGACAGGCAGAGCGGACCCUCCAGGGUGGACACAGCCGAGGGAGAAGACGUCCAGCGGAUGGAAGUGACCCCCUCUGACACAGCUGCUUCCGCCCUGCCCUGCCCUGCUCCCACCCCAGCCACAGCCUGAGGCCCGCCCCCACCCCGAGGCCUGGGUGUGGAGGGGGAGGGGGGGGUCACCAGACAAAGUCUUUAAUCACGAUAGCACACUCUGGUGGUGUUGGCUAUCAUGCCUCCCCCACUCAGUAUUACGUCCCCAGUUC